AUAUUCUUCACCUCGUCGUCGAUGCUUCCUCUCUUGCGGUCCUCGCUGUCGUCGUCCGAGAAGCAGUCGCUGCGCUGCUGCGUUCGGGGCACGAGCGUCGUGAAGCGGCAAGGCCUCUUCCUCUCGAGCCUCCAAGUGCUCUACCACAUCAAGGUCCGCGUCGCCGACGAAGUGUGGGUCUCGCAGACCGCCAUGGACGACAUUCUGCAGCUGCACGCGCAACUACUCUCGAUCGCCAAGCAACACUGCACCGAAUUCACCAAGGCGCUCUCGUCGCUGCCGUGCCCAAAGGAGCCGCUCUUCAAGAAAACCGAGAUGCUCGUCAUCAAGGGCAUGUGCGGCGAGCUUGAGCACUAUCUUUUGAACCUCGUCAAGCUCUGCGAGCGCUUCGACACGCCCGACGUCGACCUCGUCGAAGCACAGACGCUGCACUUUCUCAAGGCCGCCGCGUUGCAGUCGUCGCAUUAGCAAUCUAGGUAGAGCAGUAGCAUAGAAACCA